UUUACCGGUGUUGCGAAAAACGCCGGGAUGGCCGCUCUCAUGCUUCCUUCUCUCUGGAGUCUGCAGGAGUCUGGUUUUAAUCGGCCGCGGGUGUGUCGACACCGGCUGUAUCGCUCUUGGUGAGAGCGAAAGCCUUAAGUAGAAGAAGAAAAAGAAGAAAAUAGCUUCCAGAUUUGAUACGGGAGUGUACGGAAGUCACCGAUCGGCAGUAGUCGGCACUCGGCAGUGUUGGCUAUAUAUUCUGUGGUGUUGGCCUUCGGGCGUCGGUACUCUUGCGCCUAUUUCAGUUGUAUUAUAUUGUAAUUCGGUGGUUGUCGGUUGAUGAUAACUUUAUUAAGAUGUGAGAAAACCAUUUCAGAACUUUAGUGAAUAUAUUUAAUCAUCUUUGUAAUAUGCAGAUUGAUGCAGAUAUUAAAGUAAUUUUGAAUGAAACAGACGAAUAAAGCACAGGGUUAUGUUAAGUCAAGAAGUCUGUUAUGUUUUCAUCAGCUUUUCAUAAAAACACAUUCGAUGUCUUUGACAUGAGAAACAAGUUUGAAAAAUAGAAUCAAAGGUGGCAUAUGUUGAAAGAUUUGAGUAACAAAUUAAAGAUAUAAACAGAAGAAAUUAUAGAAUGGUGAUAUAUGGUGUUUAUAUUGUAUCUAAAUCUGGUGGUUUGAUUUUCAAUCAUGAUCACAAUGUUCCAAAAAUUGAGGUUGAGAAAUCCUUUAAUUUUCCACUUAAUAUUAAAUUAAAUUAUGAGAAUAAAAAAAUAGUGGUAGCUUUUGGGCAGAAAGAUGGAAUACAUGUGGGUCAUGUGUUGACAGCUGUGAAUGGAGCUGCCAUCACAGGCCGUGAGCUUGAAGAUGGAAGAGACAUUCUAGAGAUGUUGGAGCAACCAGAAAAUUUUCCUAUAACAUUGAAGUUUAGUCGGGCAAAAAUGACAACAAACGAGAAAAUAUUUUUAGCUUCAAUGUUCUAUCCUCUUUUUGCAAUAGCGAGUCAACUGAGUCCGGAACCGCGAAGUUCUGGGAUUGAGAUUCUUGAAGCAGAUACAUUUCGUUUAUAUUGUUUCCAGACAUUGACAGGCAUUAAGUUCAUGAUAGUAGCAGAGCCAUCACAGCCAGGCGUGGAAAUUUUGUUGAAGAGAGUAUAUGAUUUAUAUGCAGAUUAUGCACUAAAAAAUCCAUUUUACGCGCUGGAAAUGCCUAUUCGAUGUGAAUUAUUCGAAACUAAUUUACAGACAUUACUGGAAACUGUAGAAAAAUCUGGGAUAAGCAAUGUUUAAUAUUGAUUUACAUAUAAGUUGUUAAUAAAAUUAAAAUAAUUAAAAUAUAAGAAAA